UGGACCAGUGUACGUUUGACAUUCUGAGUUUUUGGUGGUUUAGAUUUAGCAGAGUAUAAUUAUUAUGUGGGAGAAAUAAUAGUUUGGUAGUUAUUAGGAAGGUGUUAAAUCAUGAAUACAGUUUUCAUGCCCUUGUCUUAAUUGGUUUAGUGUAAUAUUGUGGUUUCGCCUUUAUUUCUAUAAUGUGCCUUUACCUUGUACCGUCGAUAGAUCUCGUACACAUCUCGUAGAUAGGUUUGUGCUCGAGAGGAAGAUGACGGUUUUAAUCUGCUACUGUGUUAUUAUUUCCGCUUAAUUGCACGAUAACUAUUCAAAAUGACAACAAAUACAAAAUCGGCCAAUGUUACGUUGAGGCCGAUUGAAGUGCCGAAAGCUUUGCAGGAUGGAGAGAAGUUCAUGAAAUGGGAUGAGGAUUCAGGCCAGACAGGCCUGCCAGUUACCCUGAGGGUGGAUGCCAAGGGGUUCUUCCUGUUUUGGACUGACCAGAAUAUGGAAGUGGAGAUGCUGGACAUUGCCACCAUCAGAGAUGUGAGGACAGGAAUCCAUGCAAAGGUCCCAAAGGACCAGAAGAUCCGGAACGUGGUGUUGUUCGGCUCGCAGGGCUCGUUGGAAGAGAAGACUGUGACCGUGUGCUAUGGGGCAGAUUUCGUCAACGUCACUUUCAUUAACUUCUGCUGCACGAGAAAGGAAAUCGCUCAGAUGUGGACCGAAGAGCUUUUCGCAUUGGCAUACAACCUGAACCAGCUCAACAAUCCCACCGUCAAGUUUCUCGAGAAGAUGCACACCAAAAUCAUCCUUAAAGCAGACAAGUCUGGAAAAAUACUCGUUAAAAACAUCGUCCGCCUAUUUGCCCAGAACAAGGACGACAAGAAGCGGGUCGAGAAAGCCCUCAGCGAAUCGGGACUUCCUACAGGCAAGAAUGACACCAUCAGCCAAUCCAAGUUCCAGUUCGAAGACUUUUUCAACUUUUACAAAAGCCUCACGCAGCGGAGCGACGCGCAAAAGAUAUUCAACAGCCUAACGGACGGCAAGCCGCACCUGUCAGCGGCGCAGCUGGUGGAUUUCCUCAACGAGGUGCAGCGGGACCCGCGCCUAAACGAGAUCCUUCACCCGUACGCGGACAUCCAGAAAGCCAAGGACCUGAUCAAGGCGUACGAACACAACAAGUAUCACCAGCAGAGAUCGCAGCUAACGUUUGACGGAUUUUUAAGAUUCUUAAUGUCGGAGGAUAACCCAAUAGUGGCGCCCAACAAAUUAGACCUGAGCGACGACAUGGACCAGCCGAUGGCGCACUACUUCAUCAACAGUUCGCACAACACGUACCUCACCGGCCACCAGAUCACCGGCAAGUCCAGCGUCGAGAUCUACCGUCAGAGCUUGCUCGCUGGCUGCAGAUGCGUGGAACUAGAUUUCUGGAACGGGCGCACGGAGGAGCCGGUGAUUGUGCACGGCUACACCUUCGUGCCCGAGAUCAGCGCCAAGGAGGUGCUGGAAGCGAUCGCGGAGAGCGCCUUCAAAACGUCGGACCUCCCCGUCAUACUCAGCUUUGAAAACCACUGCAACCCCCGCCAGCAGGCCAAGAUAGCCAACUACUGUCGGGAUAUAUUCGGCGACAAGUUGUUAGACCGCCCUUUGGACUCGCAUCAGCUCGAACCAGGAGGAGAGCUACCGCCACCAUUGUUGCUUCGUCAUAAGAUUAUAAUUAAGAACAAAAAGAAACACCACCACCACCACAAGAAAGAGGACUCCUUGGCGUCCGAGGAGAGCGAGGCCAGGCCCGAGCCCCCCGUGCAGGGCAAUGGAGACGUGUCUCAUGGAAGUCUCGUGCGACAGAGUUCGAAAGAAUCGUCAUCAUCGUCGGAGUCGGAGAGCUCGUCAGGCGAGGAGGAGGUCGGCCUCGCGGAGGGCGGCGGCGAGGAGCCGCGCGAGACGCACGCCGGCGCCGAGAUCUCCGCGCUCGUCAACUACGUGCAGCCCGUGCACUUCAGCUCCUUCGAGAGCGCGGACAAAAAAGGUCGUUUCUACGAGAUGUCGUCAUUCGAUGAGAAGCAAGCAACAGCUCUACUGAAAGAGCGACCGAUCGAGUUCGUGAAUUAUAACAAACACCAACUGUCGCGAGUCUACCCCGCUGGCACGCGCUUCGAUUCGUCCAAUUUUAUGCCACAGGUGUUCUGGAACGCGGGCUGCCAGCUGGUGGCGUUGAACUACCAGACGCUGGACUUGGCGAUGCAGCUCAACCUGGGCACCUUCGAGUACAACCGCCGCUGUGGCUACUUGCUCAAACCGGAGUUUAUGCGUCGAAAGGACCGUCGCCUGGACCCGUUCGCGGAGAGCACCGUGGACGGCAUCAUCGCGGGCUCGCUGUCCGUGACCGUGCUGUCAGGGCAGCUGCUCACGGACAAGCGCUGCGGCACCUACGUGGAGGUGGACAUGUUCGGCCUGCCCGCCGACACGGUGCGCAAGAAGUUCCGCACGCGGGUCGCGCCCAACAACGGCAUCAACCCUGUCUAUGGAGAGGAGCCGUUUGUCUUCAAAAAGGUGGUGUUGCCGGAGCUGGCGAUGAUCCGGAUCGCGGCGCACGAGGAAAGCGGACGACUACUCGGACACCGCGUGCUGCCCGUGGUGGGGCUGUGUCCGGGCUACCGGCACGUCAACCUGCGCACCGAGCUGGGCCUGCCGCUAGCCGCCAGUCUGUUCCUGCUGGUGGUGGUCAAGGACUACGUGCCGGACAAGCUGUCUGAGCUGGCGGAGGCGCUGGCUAACCCCAUCAAGUACCAGAGCGAGCUGGACAAGCGCGAGCACCAGCUGGCCGUGCUCACCGACGGCACCGACGAGCCGCGCCGGCCCAGCACCUACCCUCCUGUGAAGUCGCAGCUAACAAUGGAAGGCAGCCCGAGCAAGCCUGCGUGCCCCGAGCCGGCCGUCGCCGCCGCGCCCGCCGCCGCCACUAUAGCCACCACCACCACCACCACCACCGGCACCGCCACCGCCGCCACCACCGGCACCGCCACCGCCGGCACCGCCACCGCCGCCACCGCCGCCACCACCGCCGCGCCGCCGCCGCCGGUCGCCGAGCCCAAGGACCCGCCCGACGAAACACCAGAAUGCAAAUCGAAUGGCGGCGCGGAGGAGCCCGUAUCGGAAACGCUGGACGCACUGUUGUCGCUGAAGGUGGUAAAGGAGAAGCGCUCUGAGCUGGCGCGCAAGCUCGACGCGCUGCGACGCAAGUUCGACAAGGAGAAGCGUCCGCUGUCGGCGUACGUCAGCAACAAGCUAGUCAAGAAGCUUUCAUCCAAGAAUAUCAUCGGCGAGGCGAGCUCGAGCGAGGAAGGUGCAGGCGCAGGCGCGCCGGGCAGUGCUGAAGCCAUCGCCGCCGAGCGGGAGCUCCGGCUGCGCUACCACCACGCCAUCUACGCGGCGCUCGACAAGCACGUCAUGCUGGACCAGCAGCGGCAGAUGCGGGCGCUCACUGAUAUGCUGGACACGGAAAAGAAGGAGGUCCUUAGCCGGCUCGCCAACGACCGCAACAAGGAAGUCAAGGCGCUCGCCAAGAAAACGAACCGGGACAAGGACGAGAUCCUUCGGAUAAAGCGAGAGAUUCACUCGCAGUCGGUAGAGCGCGGCGUGGCGGAGUGCUCGCAGCUGGAGCAGGCGUACGCCACGCGCCGCGAGGCCUUGGCGCGCGCGCACGAGCGCCUGCGCCACGAGCUGCAACGCCAUCGCGACCAGGAGCUGCUGGAGCUGGAGCGGCUGUGCGGGCCGCCGGAGGGCUAGAGGGCGGGGCGCGCUCCCGGCCCCUCGCUCCGCCCUAGCGGCCGCGCCGAACCCCAGGACGGCGUCUCCGCCCCCGAGGCUCUUUACUUUUGUUAGGAAUCUGUGAUAUUAUCGCCUAAGGAGAGGAACGUACGAGUGGAUCGCGUUUCCGGUCGAGUCUCGGCGACGGCAAUAUUGUUUCGAUUUCGUAAUCUCGUAGUUUUAUUGCGUACCGUUCUAUCUCGGCUCGGCCGCCGCAGCCGCGGGCGCUCGCAUGGCCGCGGCGCCCCGGUGUCGGCCCCGAAUACUUACAUCCCAGGUCGGUCGGCUAAUCGAGUAACCGUUUAACUAAUUUCGCUCCGUUUCGUGCUAAGAAUAUGCGAGUAUGUCGUGAUAGUGAGGUGUGUCUUCGUAUCCGAAGUGUAUCUAGUGAGGGGUGUCUGUUAUGUUAUUGCAUUUAUAUGAUAACGUAGUGUAGAGGUACGUUCGGCCGAGUGUCGCGACCGCGACGGUCGGCGGACUAGUGGCCCGGGUCCGGCGCCCCACCGUUCGACUAGGUCAGGUCCGACGCACGAUUCCGUGCCAGGUGUUUGAUAAUAUGCGUUCAAAUGUAAUAUCUAUACAUAUCGGAAGCACAACAUACUUUGAAAUAUUUUCACUGUCGUUUUUGGUAUAAGGUUUCUACGAUGGUUUUUCCUUUGAUUAGUAAUUUGUAGAGUUGUUCCAAAAGUAAUGUUAAUUAUGAAAAUUAUUCUUAUGAUGGUAAUUCCAAUGAUUUCUGGUUAGUGAUUGUGUUUAAUGCGCUAAGUAUAUUUUUUUUAUUGCAGAUGCAUUAAACAAUUAUACACUUUAUUGAACGCCAUUUUUGAAGUAAUUAGAUUAAAACAAAAAGAUUACCUUCCGUAUCCAGGUAUUAAAACUGUAAUAACUUAAGUAUAAUUAUUAUUUAUUGUGUAAUUGAUUUACAUGAAGUAAUGCCGCGCAUGUGCCGGUGUGGAGUGUUGCGCAUGCGCACACAUGAGCGUCCGAGCGUGCGAGCUGUAGUGGUCGGCUCGAACGACAUAUUAUAAUAUAAUGGCUUGGAAACUGUAGUCCUACUAACCGCUCAGUCAGUAAUGUAGGUUGUAGAUUAACAUUCCAUUAUACUUAGAAAUUAAUAUGAUAGCCGAUACUUAUAUUUUACGACUACCGUUCGACUUUAAUAUAAAACUAUAGUACUGCUUCCACUGAUAUUAUUUGAAAUUCAUGUACAAAAUAUUUUUCCCCAUCGUAAGGAACUAUUUUUAAUAUAGCUCUCUUAAUCAAUCUACAUAAUUAUUUACAGUU